GCCAGCCAUCGACUGCGAGAUUCUGCGGGUGUUACGAUGUGUUGGGCCCUGCGCUGAGCCCGAAAACCCGAGUGUGCGUCGAAAACCGACGUUUCUGCUCGGGUUCGUCGCUUCCGCGACGAAGUACAAGCCUGGAGAGCGCCCGUGGACGCCGAAACGUGCAGUGGAAAAGCACCGCAGCGUGAGAUUACGUCAACAACCAAGAGGGCGGAGCGGUCGAGCAGCGGGCCAUGGCAGCGCUUGGAUCGUGGAGGGAAGCUUGAAAUCGCAAGCGUUGACCUGGCAAAUUUUCGUUCCGUGUCUCGAGUUUCUAGCCGUGGAUCACUGCACUUUGCCCGCGUAGCACGACCGAUCGCCGGGGACCGCUUGAGCGGUAUUAUGAGUGACUCGAAUGCGGAAAGAGUGUGCCUGGAGCUUGUCAACAAGAUCAUCAUACAAUGCCAGCUUCCCCACCCUCGGAUUGGCAAACUGUCGGCCCUCUCGCAUCAGCUGGUCCUCAUGCUGUUCAAGGCUUGCUGUGGCAUCGAAGUGCCAGGGCUGAUCGAAAACCCACGGACUCGUGUUGAAGAAGCCUUGAACGUGCAGGCCGCCUUGGACAUACUCGCAAACCGCGUGCUUCUUACGUCCCUACCUCACAUCGACAGCCGCGAUGUCGUUGGAUGCGACCCGCAUGUCGUGUUGCACCUGCUCGAGAUUCUCGCCGGAUGCCUCGACCUGCAGGGAGCUUCCUCAUCAUCGUUGUCGUCGCCAGACUCGUCGCUUCCUGUGUCUUCUUCGGAAAGGGCUGCACACCGUACGUCUACCUGCCGCCGAUGUGGCGCUACGAACGGCACAACGAGCCACUCGACGCCUCGAGAGUCGUCCUCGUCGGACUCCGAGUCGUUCUACAGCGAGGCGUCCUGCUUUCUGUGCGACUAUGUUGCCGCCAGAGAACGCAGUGCGGCUGCGGCCGCCCGAUCCAGGUCUCGUGCCUAUCCCGAGCACCUGCCACGGAACGUGUCCACCCCCGAGACGCCGUCGCCCCCGACAAGCUACACGACGGCGGAAUCCGGCCUGGACGACAUCGACGCCAAGAAGUUUGCAGAUGGCGGCGCCGCAGGUUACUCCGUGCCGAGGACUGCCUUCGAAGGAAGGAGGCAGGGAAGUCCAUACUGGCUGCGUGGCACGCCGAAGCGCGCAGACUCGGACUCGACGGAAUCGGACAGCAGCGUGGAGGAGAGGCUGAAGGCAACUCUGGCGGAGCUCAGGCAGCGGUUGGCAGAAGCCGAUAAGCUUGCCGAUGACCAGAGGCCACUACGCAAGCGACCGCGUCCAGUGAAGAAGUCGGUGCUUCUCUCGCCUUCCGUUCGUGCUGUCAAGCGGGUUGGCAGCAGCGGUACCUCCAGAAAACGUCUUCGAUCCGAAACUGAGGUGGCCCCGGAGGACGAGUCUUCACCCGACGUCAGCAUGUCUCCGCACGCCGAGCGCGUGCUCCGGCGCUUGCACGAGCAGCACGUGCGGUUUGCCAUCCACUCAGCCUCGUCGGCUUCGGAUGUGGCUGUGGACGCUGAGCAGCUGCAGCGGAAGUACGAGGAGCUCCAAGAGAGGCAUGAGCGCAAGAUGGAGCAACUGCAGAGGGACCUGGCUCGCUCCCGCCGCCUGAAUGAGCUCGACGCACAAAGGCAGCUGCACCAGGCCAUCGAUGCGCUGGAGAAGGACCGGCGGCAGCAGGCUGCACGGCUCAAGCGGCACCACGACGAGCGCAGCCGGAUCAUGCGCUCGCGCCGACUCUCCUACAAGCAUCGCCAGCAGCAGAUGCUACAAGAAGAGUUCAAGGAGAGUAUCCGUGCACGGAAGCAGGACCUUAUCGACAUCCAGGCUGCUGUGCGUGAGCGACAGGUCCGCGAGCAGGACAGGCACCGAGUCUACCUGGCUUCGCUCGAAAACUUCUACCAGACGCAGCUCUCUCUGCUCACCGAGUCAUUGGCCAAGGAGAAGGUCGAGAUGAAGCAGCGAGCUGCAGCUCAGAGCAGGGUGCUCGAGCGGAUGCGGCGCGACUUCAAGGAGCAACUAGAAGCCGAGACGCAAAGCCUGUACCGGCUGGUAGCCGAGACGCAGGAAGGCUGGGUGUCCACGAACAAAGCUGCGCCAAGCCAGAAACGAAGCAGACGUGUCUGAAACUUAUAGUGCCAGAUGACAAAACUGUGCGACUCUUCUUCCAUUUUGAGUCGUGUUUCACUGCCAUUAUCACUGCCAUUAUUGCCGCUGCAAUCACUGCCAUUGCCUUACUUUUCUCAGCUAGAAACAGCCGUAUUGAGAUUAGUCAUAAUAAAAAAAUUUUAACGUGGACUUCAUGCCUUCAUGACAACUCGAGCAGACUUAGGCAAAUAAAGGUAUAUU